CUCUCAGGGUGAAGGAGGCAUGGCGGCGGGCGGCGGGAGCGGUUGAGGCGGUGGCGGCGCGUUGGUGUUGCUGUCGCGGGCACUGACGAGCCCUCACCGCCCCGCGGGCUUCGGGAAGAGCUGUCUUGUCCCACCGCGCCCGUCCGGCACCCCCAGGGGAGAUGCGGUAGCGCGGGCUGAAUCCUGCUGGCUGCCCCGGGAGCGUUGGAGGCGAUGGAGCCGCUGCCAGAGCUGUACUCGAUCUUCCAGGGCGAGGUCGCUGCAGUGACAGAUUUCGGGGCGUUUGUGGCAAUCCCGGGCUGCAGGAAGCAAGGCCUCGUGCACAGGACUCACAUGUCCUCCUGCCGUGUGGACAAACCCUCGGAGAUUGUGGAUGUUGGGGACAAGGUCUGGGUGAAGCUCAUUGGCAAAGAGAUGAAGGAGGACAAACUGAAGCUCUCCCUGUCCAUGAAGGUCGUUCACCAAGGCACGGGGAAAGACCUGGAUCCCAACAAUGUUUGCCUUGACCAGGAUGAGAGGAAGAAACGCACCUUCAGGGACUACACGAGCCAGAAGAUCACCCUGGAGGCCGUCCUGAACACGAUGUGCAAGAAAUGUGGCUGCAAAGGUCACUUUGCCAAGGAGUGUUUCAUGCAGCCUGGAGGUACCAAGUACAGCCUCAUUCCAGAGGAGGAGGAGGAGGAGGAGGUGGCAGCAGCAGGACGUGAAGGAGAUAAAAAGAUCAGCAAGGCCGAGGAGUCUUCAAAAAAGAGGAAGAAGGUACAAGGAGAAGAAGAAGAAGAAGAAGAAGCACAAGGCCAAGCAGUCCUCAGAGUCGGACUCGGAGAGCUCGGCCUCAGACAGCGACGGAGCUCAGCCCUGCAGCAAGAGGCCCAAGCACUGCGGGAAGCCCAGCAAGGCUCCCAAGAAGAAGAAGCACAAGAAGCACAGGAAGUAGCCCUGGGCUGAGCAGGGCAGGCCGGGCUCCCGGGUGCACAGCUCGAGCAGCCAGCAGGGCUCAGCACCUCUCCGGCUCCGGGGACACGGAGUUUCCCUCUGGAAGUCACACGGGCCUGUGGUGGUGCCGGUGCCGACCUUGCUACGAGCUGUCCUCUGCCACCUUGGGCACGGCUGCCCCUUUCUGCCACAGCUGCUGCCAGCCCGGGCUCGUGACGCCCUGCAGGGCAGCUCUGCUGUCCCACAGCCUCGUGCUCUGCUGGAGCUGCUGCCAGCUCUGGGUGACACCAGCGCUGUCCCUGGGGUUGGGGUGGCACAGCCAGGCCCGUGCUGUGCUGGGGACAGGGUUUGGUGGUGCUGGGCCCUGUGAUGGGACCACAGACCCCUGGCACAGAGCUCGGGGCUGCAAACCUGCCCCAGCUCCCUCGGUGUUUCUGCAAACACUGGGAGUGCAGGAGCAAGGAGCAAAUGGGGGAGCGGAGAUACGGGGAGUAAACAUGAACUGUGGAGUGUUUGCUGCCUUGGACAGGGAUGGAAAAUAAUUCUCUGCCCUCUCCAGCUGGA